AUGGCGACGUCGUUCGACCGCUGGGAGAAGGACCCCUUCUUCCUCGCCGCCGAGGAGGUCCAGGAGUCUGCCGAUCGGAUGGAAUCGGUGUACAAGAUAUGGGUGCAGGAGAGGAGCGGCGGCGAUUCGGCCCUCGGCGGGGAGGUCGGCGCCGUCGAGCUGCGCCGCGAGCUGCACACCGCGCUCGGCACCGCCAAGUGGCAGCUUGAUGAAUUGGAGCGAGCAAUUAGAUCAAACGACGAGGUUGUCUCGGCAGGAAAGGAUACGAGAGCACUGCAUAGUAACUUUGUUGCGGCGAUUGGCUAUCGCAUAUUAGAAGUUGAGAACAACCUGAAUGCAUCCAAUGUCGCGGAGGGGAGGGGCACACUGAGCUGGAUUCAUUUGGAUGAGAGCGAGCGGGACGACCUCGCGGCUUUCCUAUCUGCAACCCCUCCUCAACAUCAGGAUAAAGUUGUUACAAUCCCGUCUGCUGGCGAUAUUCAGGUGGGCAGCAACCCCACAAGGGUGAGGAAAAAUAUCUCAGCUGACAGCUCCAAUGAUUCAUCUGGCUCUGCAGACUUGAGUUCAGCGAGAGCAAAAGAAGAUGCACAUCGUGGGCACAGGAGGUCAGUCAGUGCCAGUGCUGAUAUUGGAUCGUCGCCUAUGUCAUUUCCAAAUGAACGGGAGGGUGCUGCUGAACAAUCAUCUCUUGGCCCACACAGAGCACCUUUGCUGAAUAUUGUUAAAGCGUGCGGAUUGCCAAGUGCCUUGAAACCUAAGCCUGCAAUUAAGUACAAAAAAGGAGCUGUGAGGUGGGCACAUGCAGACAAACAGGAUCUUGAAGCGGCAAUCCCUCUCACAAAUCCUCAGUUGGGUCAGGACUUAGAUGGAUACUCUGAAAGAAGCAUCGGUUACUUAAAUACUUGCGAUGGGGUUACAUACAAUAAGAAACUCUAUGGUUGGCUUGGAGCACUGCGUAAGAAACUUCAGAGAUCACAAUAUCAAAUUCGAUAUGGGCGGCCUGCUCAAUUGAUUCUGUUUGCACUUGCUGUUCUCAUAAUAUUUGUGUUUGUAUUCAAGACAAUAUGGUGA